CUGCCAUCCCGAGCAGCUCUCCAGCAACUCCCUGUACAAAAAAAAAAAAAAAAAAAUACAGUAAAAUAAAAUCCUCCUCCUGUCCUCCUCCUCCUCCCCCCCCGAACCAACAAAAAUAACAAGAAACACCACAAAACUGCUCUCCAAAACCCCGGGACAUGGCCAGGCUAGAACAGGUGCUGCUGUUACAGCCCGAGCACGAACUCAAAUUUAAAGGUCCCUUCACAGAUGUGGUCACCACAACCCUUCUUCUCACUAACCCCUCAGACAGAAAGGUUUAUUUUAAAGUGAAGACGACAGCCCCGCGCCGGUACUGCGUGAGACCCAACAGUGGAGUCCUGGAUUCGGGAGCAUCCGUCGAUGUGUCGGUUAUGCUACAGCCGUUUGACUAUGACCCUAAUGAGAAAAGCAAGCACAAGUUUAUGGUGCAGUCGCUGAUGGCUCCAGAUAACGUGACUGACAUGGAGGGAGUAUGGAAAGAAGCAAAGCCAGAGGAGUUGAUGGAUUCCAAGCUGAGGUGUGUCUUUGAGCUUCCAUCAGAGAAUGAGAAAACACAUGAUGUUGAUCAGAAUAAAAUCACGGCGACGAGUGCGUCGAAGUCUGAAUCGUCAUCGUUGUUCAAGACCGCCAGCGCCGCCCUGGAUGACAGUGAAGUGAAGAAGAUCCUGGAAGAGUGCAAGAGGCUUCAGGCUGAAGUGCAGCGACUACGGGACGAGAACAAACAAAUCAAGGAAGACGAAGGGCUGAGGAUGAGGAGGAGCACCCCGAUGACGGGCAGCCCCUCGGGAGGAGCCAACGCUGCUCUUGUGAAAGAGGAAGGGCCCACCACCCGCCUGCUCGCUCUGGCUGUGUUAUUCUUAAUCCUCGGUGUGAUUAUAGGAAAACUGGCCUUGUAGAGGCAGCAUGCUUGCUAAGGAAGAAAUGGAUUUGGAUUAUUGAUCAAAAUAUGCCAUAUCACUGGGGUAGAAUUGAAUCAUGCUAUGUUAAAAAAAUAAAAUAAUAAUAAAAAAUAAUAAAAAUACAUAAAAAAAUUAUAUAUAUAUAUAUAUAUAUAUAUAUAUAUAUAUAUAUAAAUGUAAAAUCUCACAGGUCUUGCCUUUUAAUUACUCUCCCCUUGCACAGAUGCAGAUAAUGUUAAUGGGGAAAAAUGAUAACUUGUAUAGUUAAAUAAAUGAGUGACGUUUCCUAACACACCAGACAAGGCAAAUCUUAUAAUUGAUAAAGUUAAUGGCAUACCAUGAAUGUUUUUUAAAUCCUUUAUUUUAGACCUCUAUACCCAUGGCUGGAUUACUUCUGUAUAAAAUCUAACUAAAGUGAAAUGAACGACUGCUGGGGCUGACCAAUCAUAAUCAGGAUCUGGGGCUGGCUAAUCAUAAUCAGGAACUGGGGCUGGCCAAUCAUAAUCCAGAUCUGGGGCUGGGCCAGAUAGAAGGGUAGGAAACUACAGGCAAACUUUGUUAGUAAUAGAAGAUGCCAAGGGGGGGUUUGUUAUUGUAAGGAAGGGCCUUGUGCAACGAUGGUGUUCUCUUGUGAGAGUUCUGACUAAUGAGCUUCAUUCAAGUGAAUGUCGAUCUUUCAUGUGCAAGUUAUUCUUUAUUUAAAAAUAAAGGGCAUAUGUAGCAAA